AUGGGAUACUACGAUAUAGAUGAUAUGCUUACCGAAGGGAGCGAGAUUCCAUGCAAGUUUCUUCAAGAUAUACCGGGACUCGGAUAUCUGGAAAAUAAUCCUGGGAAACCUAUUAAAGCUAAUGCUAAACUAAUGUUACCUUACUGGUUAGCCCAUAUCCUUGCAGCUAUUGAUAAUAUACCUCUCUCUGAGGAUUCCAUGACUGUUGAUGAUGAGGAAGAACCUGUGCCGUUUCUUGAAAUGUCGACUCCUGAAAGUUUUUCCCAAAGAGUCAUUAAUGCUAUAAAGACAGACCCCAAAUCAUUAGAUCUACAUUCAAUAAAUCCACAUUUUUAUGAACUAGCCAUUAAAUGGUGUGCAAUAUAUUCAGUAAAAGAUUUAGCAAAAGUAGUCUCUGAGUUGUUAUUACAAAGAUCUCAAGAUAUUAAUAACUUCGCUUACUCAAUGUCAACACAAACUAAAAAUAUUGAUUCUAUAGGGACAAUGUCAAAUAUUACAGAGUCAAAACCAAAUAACUUAUUAGCAUCUUCAUCUUUUUUAAUGACUUUAGAUGAAUUAGAAAAAUAUGUGUAUAGGACUUCACAUGAAUCUUACAAGAAUUCGAAAAGAUGGAUGUACCAAAAUAAAUAA